UUCAGAACAUGAACAAAAAAGAACGAUUAACGGCUCGAUUGUUCAGCCCGCUCACUUCAGAGAUUAGUUGUUUUUUGUUCAUGGACUAACCAACACUAAUACCGAAAACGGUCACAUUAAAUAAAAUUUGUUUUAUUUGCCUUUGAAUUUGGAGACAUUCCACAAUGUCUCGCACUGGGUAUAUACUCUAAAGGAUCAAAUUAUAAGAGCAGUUACUCAAAUUCCUUGCGACUCGGAGUCAAGUGGACUUGACAGAUUUCAAUGAACGGUAAUGGCAAUGGAGGCGCGGCCUCUUCAGGUGGCGCUGGUGCUGUGGGUGGCGUAGGUGCACGCGGGGGUGGUGCAGGCGUGAGUGCAGGUGCAGCUGGUUGCGGCGCAGUUGCUGGUGGAGCUGGCCCCUCUGGUGGGCCGGCAGCGGCUGGAGCCGAGGCUGCACCCAACGCCAAUGGCAACGCCAAUGUCAACGGCUCAAACACAGUCGGUAGCAGUUCAGGCACUCCCAACGAUGACCAGGAAGCAAAGAGGCGCAAGUGCUUAGAGACGGAGGACACCCAGGAUGGUGCAAGCACAAUGAUCGACGCCAGCAGUGUUCUGAAUAAGAUCGCACACCUCUACGCGGAGCAGCUGAUGUCGGACAUAGUGCUGCUGGUGGAUGGUAAGGAGUACCCCGCCCACCGGGUCAUACUCUGCGCCAGCAGCGACGUCUUUCAGGUGAUGCUAAUGAACCCCGAAUGGAAUGAGUGCAGCAAACAUGUCAUCGAGCUGCAUGAGGAGGCCUGCUGCUCGGCUGUCUUUCCGCAGUUCAUCAAAUAUCUCUAUGUGGGCCACAUCGAGGUGACGCUGCAGACGGUCAUGCCCAUGCUGGCCCUUUCCGAGAAGUACAAUGUGCGCGAUCUGAUCGAUCUGUGUGUGGGCUACAUGACGAAGCACGUUGCCAAGGCAGCCACCAGCGGCUAUCUCGUCUCCUGGCUGCAGUACACACUCUCCUUCACGCCCACUCAUAAUGAUCUCACCGAGACGCUGAAGCGUUUCCUCAAGUGGAACCUUGAGAUGGUGGCCGAGUCCAAGGACUUUGUCGAAAUGGAUCCAGCCAUCCUCGAACUGCUGCUGCAGCAGAACGAUAUCGUAAUCUCCAGCGAGUACAAACUGUUUACGAUUCUGCAGACCUGGCUGCUGCAUCGCCGCGAGCAGAUCGAGAGCACGCCCCACACCAGCCUGGAAAAGAAGGUCAACACCUUCAUGGAGCUGAUUGAGCAGACAGUCAUGCACAUUCGCUUUGGCAUGAUGACGCCGCGUCAGCUCUCGCACCUAUUAAUGGACCCACUCACCGAGUACCACAAGGAGUUCCUAGUCGAGCGAAUUGCCAUUGGGAUGAGCUAUCAGUCCGGACAGGAGGACCGGGUACGCCAGGUCCGGGCCAGCGAGUGCGGGGAGCUGCAGUUUACGCCCAGGCUCUACUGGAACGACACUUGGAGCGUGGACAUCAAUGUGCCCAACUUUGACCGGAUCGAGCGCUACGUGAACUAUGUGACCUGCUUCUUUUCACAGCGCAGCAUUGCGGAAACUGACGAUGAUCCUUGCAUGACCUGGGAGAUCGAGUUUUUCCCGCGAGGCGUCAAAUACAAUAGGGCCAAAAUGGUUUGGGGCGAAGACGUGCCUGGUUGCUACCUGAAUACGGUGCGCUUGCGUGUCACCUGCAAGAACCAGAACAUUGACGAAGAGCGGUUCAAGAUUGCGGUCCUGAUUGUGGGCGUGCAGAAUCAAAUAACUCACAUUAGGACAAUGGUGGAGCGCACCGAGUACUUUUCGGAAACUUCGCGCGUCAUCAAUCUGGAUAACCUGUUGCCGUACGAGGAGCUGGAGCAGGAAUCAACGUCGUUGAGUCCCCAUCUGAGUGGUAAUCAGCGCAACACACUCACCCUACACGUGGUGAUCACGCCAAUGGGCACCCACACGUGCCGCGAAACGCCGCCAUUUCAGUUCUAAACUUCUCAUCUCCCCAUAUCGUUGACCCAUUGUAGCGCCACAUGUACGAACCACGUACCUGUGGCCACGGUAUUUCACUUGCACUUUCCAUUUACAUUUACACAUGUAUGUAUGUAAGCUGUCUAUGCAAGAUCCCGAUCUCUCCUCCUCCUAUAUAUAGAUAUAUAUAUAUUCUUUGCGCAGGAGAGUUCGGGAUCUUGCCUAGACAUUCUUACAUAUAUAUUGAGAUGAAAAUAGCUGGCGAUCAUUAUCCUUCCCUCCUCCAAGAAAGUGUAUUUAAUGUGUUAUGAAAAGUUUUUUGUUUUUUCUCUGUCUAAGUUAAACAUAAACAAACGAAGGCGAUUUGGGCCCUGGCCAUUAUUCAGUAUCGAACCCUAGUGUUUAGUGUUUAGUCGGACACAAGUGCACAAAAAAGUCUGUAAAUCUGUGCAUCUAAGAGUGUGUUUAAUGUCCGGUGCUGUACUGUUGUGUACUGUAGUUUUUCGCACUGAAUAUUUUGAAUACUUAAUCGUUGACUUGUAAAGGAAAAGAAACUCCGCGUUCCAACGCCUCCUUCGUUGUCUUUGCCACCUGCUCAGGGUGUCGUGGCCAUGGCCAAGAAGAGUGCGACAGCAUAGAAUGAGAUAGGGAUAGAGCUAAUAAGAGGCCGAAUAAGUUUUAAUGCUUUACAGCUGAUGGACACAGAUACUCGUAUGUACAUACAUAUCUAUGUACAAUAUCUUGAUCCGGUAAUGUAUUCUUUAAUAGCUGGGAUCAACCUAUCUGUUGUGUCUGUUGAGGCUUAUCUUUAUUGGCCAGGGGGUCUGGCCGUGACUGGCUCAUCCGCCUAAUGUGCUUUGCAUAAUUGUAGGACGAUAUCCGCUGCUCAGGACGGUAAUUGACGGACAGGACAGACAUCGAAUAGUUAUGAACUGGAGUCGGCUGUUGAACGAUUUAGUUAUGAAAUAAGAUCAGUUAUCGAACAGAGGUUGAGCUUGUUAUCACUUCUCGGAAUGAUGUCAAGUUACUGUCUGAAUUAAGUUGUCGGUUAUCGAAUGACUAUUGCACGGCAUACUGAAUUGUGUCUGUUAUCCUAUCAAAUAAUCUUGGUAAUCAAAUCAGAUCAACUAUCGAUUUGUGUCCGGUAUAAGAUAAGCAAAUGUAUCGACUAAUUUAAGCUCUAAAUGUAAUAAAUCAUCGAGCCAAUCGAAUAAUAUUGGCUAUAUAAUA